GGAAACAUUAGACGCGCUGACGACAUCCCGUUCCCGACGUAGAGACGACUUAAAGUUGAAUGUUACUUGGCGAUUCCAUUAAAUGUAGCGGUUUGUCUUAGAAUUGGACAUUGUAUAGUUGUAUAUCUUUUUAAAAGACAUUUCAAAAUAUUUUUGUUGAAGUCGGUAUCUCGAUGCGGUUAAUCCGAAUAGUGGUACAUAUGCAGGGUAAAGUGGGACCUCCCCCAUCGGCAGCUCGAGUGGUACAGUCCAGAUUUUCGAAGCUGCGCGCGGGACGGCGCGGCUCGCGAUUAGGAACCGCUCAAUAUAUGGUUAUUUCAUCGCACUAUUUACGGAUCACCCAUCACACCCAAGGCUGUUUUAAUACCAUUUCCGGACCUCGAGGUAUAUCUUUACGUUACAGAGGAUGGACACGACAACGUGCCUGAAAUCGUUGCUCUUGGCCAUUAAGCAGUACAAGGCCAGCAUGUCGGCGGCCGACGCUGCUCAGCUUCAGAGGCUCAUCGGGAGUGUAUCUGUGCUGAAGGGUCCCACACUGCUGUCCUCCAGCCAAGUGCUGCCCAGUGAAUGUCUCAGUGGUUUGGUGGAGCUGGCAGGUGACCCCAACACCAGCCCUGUCCUCAUUGGGAACAUCAUAUCACUCUUGGCCCAGCUUGCCUUGGAUGAUGAGACCAGAGCUGCUCUUCAUAACUACAGUCUCACUGGGGCACUCUCAGCUAUCAUUCAUCACAACAGCUCCACCCCCAGGGAGGAGGUGGUAUUGCAGUGCCUGCAGCUGCUGCAGAAGCUCACAUACAAUGUGAGGAUCUCCCACAGUGCCAUCUAUGUAGACGAGCUGGUGGCCUUCCUGGUGCAGCAUAUACAGUCCUCUACUGAUGACCUCACUGUGCCUUGCCUGGGCCUCAUGGCCAAUCUCUGCCGGUGCAACGUGUCCAUCCAAGCACAUGUCAAGUCCUUGAGUCAUGUGAAGACCUUCUAUCGGACUCUCAUCAACUUUCUGGCUCACAGUAGCCUAACCAUAGUGGUGUUUGCACUCUCUAUUCUCACCAGUCUCACCCUCAAUGAGGAAGUUGGAGAGAAGCUGUUUCAUGCUAAGAACAUCCACCAGACGUACCAGCUGAUAUUCAAUAUCAUGGUGAAUGGAGAUGGAACUCUCACCAGGAAGUAUGCUGUGGACCUUCUGGUGGAUCUUUUGAAGAACCCCAAGAUGGCAGAUCACCUCUCCAGGUACGAGCACUUCCCUCGCUGCCUGUCGCAGGUGCUUGGUCUUCUGCACAGCAGGGACCCCGAUUCUGCUGGCAAAGUGCUGGAGCUGCUGGUCUCUGUGUCCUCCGUCCCGGGCUUGCGCGUGCUGCUGUGCCAGGCCGUGUUCCGGCCCCCUGGCCCUCGCCUGCAGGUCGGACCCCGAAAGGAGGUCCCGGGCAGCGGGCCGGAGCCGGGCCUCGCCCUGCUGCAGUGGGUCAGCCUGCCGCCAGACGGAGCUCACUGCUGCUCCCUUCAGGCUCUGGACUUGCUGACGGGAUUGUUUGAGGAGGCGCUAGAUUCCUCCCUGGUUGGGAUGGUGAUGCCUUUCUUGGAGUUGCUGCUUCCGGUCUUGCGGGACCUGGUGCAGGUCCCUGAGGUGAUGACUGACGAGGCUGCGGUCAAGAAGUACUGCCUGAGGGCAUCUCGAACUCUGGAGCUACUGCUUACGCUGUGCAGAGAGGAUUCCGCACGGAUGCUGGUAGCUCAGGAGCUAAGUGCUCCGCUCUGCUUGGCCCAGGUGGAGGCGCUGUUUUCCAGCGGCCACAUGGACGCCGCUGUGGGCUGUUCCCUCACAGACUCCGGAAUCAGCCAGCUGAUUUCUGAGGUGGUUCUGAAGACGCUGGACCUGAUGAGCCACGUGAAGCAGCUGGUGCGUGACAUGGAGACCAGCUUCUACAGGACUCUGCAGGACCAGCGCACGGCCGGCCCGCUGUCGCUGGCCUUGACGUCGGACCGCAGGGAGCACGUGCAGACCGCCCUCCGCAUCCUGCGUGAAGCUGCCCCUCUCCCGGACUUUCCUGCCCUUACCCUUGGCGAAAGCAUCGCUGCCAACAAUGCCUAUCGGCAGCUGUCCAUCCGCCAGCUCCCCACACUGGAUUCCCUCCCCCUCCCUGUUCGAGGUCGGGGCUGCCCCGUCCCCCAGCCACUGAGCCCAUCUCAGGACAACAUCCAGAACCUGAUCGAGCGGCUGCAGAGUGGCAUGGAGAUGCAGGAUCAGAUGAAGGACGUACGCGUGUCAGAGAUCAUGGACGUCUACGAGCAGAAGAUUUCCGCACUGGCGGCCAAGGAGGGCCGCCUGCAGGACCUGCUGGAGGCCAAGGCGCUGGCCCUGUCGCAGGCCGACCGCGUCAUCGCACAGUACCGCUGCCAGCGAGCGCAGGCCGAGGCCCAGGCACGCAAACUGGCAGCUCUAAUGAAGGAGGCACAGCAACGGAAGGAGGAGCUGCAGGUGGAGCUUAGCAGCCAGGUGUCGGAGGCGGAGAAGGCCCGCGCCGACAUCCAGCAGCUGCUGCAGCACAACGCACGACUGCAGGCUGACUCCCUGGAGCACCAGGAGCUCAAGGGCUCCUACAACCAGCUGCUUGCCAGGUUCAAUGACAGCGACAGGAUGCUGAAGGAGCUGCAGCUGGCCCACAUUGGCCUUACAAAGCAAGCGGACAGCGUCAAGAAGCAGAACGAGGCGCUGAAGGCCCAGCAGGAUAGAACUCUUUCCCAGCUGGCUGAGAAGGAGGAGCAGAUCAAAGCACUGCAGACAGAUGUCAGUUUGAAGGUGCAGGAGAUCGCAGGUCUGCAGCAGGAGAUCCUGAGCCACAAGGAGCAAGCACGCAAGCAGGAGAAAGAAAAGGAGGACAUGGAGGAGACCAUCGAUGUCUUGAGGAAGGAGCUGAACAGGACGGAGUUGGCCAGGAAGGACGCCAACAUCCGGGCCUCCUCCUUGGAGCUACAGAAGUCUCAGCUGGAGGCCAAGCUGCAGAAGAAGGAGGAGGAGCUGAACAAACACGCUCAGAUGAUCUCCAUGAUCCACAGCCUGAGCAGCGGCCGGCUUAAGGGUGACAAUGUCUCCCUGUGAUGUGACACAGCCCCCCCGCUCAUAUCCCCUGUGGUCGCAGUGGACCCAGUCCAUCACCUGGUGGCGUUUCUGUGCUUUUUAAAGUGAAUGGACUUGAAGAGCUGCUCUGAUUUGUAUGUUGGGCCAGAAUGUAAAGCUGCUGUAGUUUUAAUGUUCCCCACAAUCCUCGUGCCCUCCCCCAUCGCUCACGUGAUGAUGUCAUUACCCCCGGAAUUCCCACUGUGGCUGCAUGGUUAACUGUGAGACUCCCCCUAUUCAGUGACUGGGCUCUGAAUGGAACAGAGGAGCACCAGCAUGUUCUCUCCCAGCGGGGGCCUGGAGCAGUGUGGGGUGGGACCUUCCCCUGCUCCUCUGACUCCUUAUCGGUCAGCAGUCUGACCAAAGCUGUGUCUCGGUCCUUCAGCUCUGCUCUGUUUUACCACAGUUCACCUCCUAACUUACAAUGAUAUGAAAACAAAACAGGGGAAGCGCUAAGAAUGACCUUUUAGAAAUUUACAGAAUGAAUUUAAUUUAUUAAUGUUAACCAACAUAAUAAAUCUUAAUAUACAAAUAUAUACAAUAUGUACAGAGUAGGUUUCAUUUCUUGGACUCCAGGCUCUGAUUACGGUCCUCGGGUCUGGAGCUCCUGCCUCAUGGGUUCUGUCUUUCAGAUAGGGUUCAGCUCCAGUUCCUCACCAGGAUCAUUCUCUUGCUUUGCUGUAUUCCUUCCUCUGCAUAUCCUGAGAAGAGGUGAAGAGGUUUGAAAGUAAAAUUUAUUUAGAAUCAACAUCUUAAAGGAAUCAUGGAUUGGUAUAAAUUUAGUUUUAAUAACUAAACCAAAAAAGAUAUGUGUCUCUAAAUCUUAGUCUUAGAAUAAACUUUCAAUAAACAAGUUAAGAACUGUACCAUUGUCGAGAUGAUAUAAUCUUCCUGAAUUUGUAUGCCAGAAUUAUGAUUGCAGUGACAGCAGCACCAAGGAGUUU